CGGUGCAGCAGUGAAAUGGGUCCCCCGUGUUUAGUUGCGGGUAAAGUGCGGUUCCGCGGCGGCACUGUAAUAAACAUGUCCGGCUCCAGAAAGACCCGCUCUGUGGCCAACGCUCCCGACACCGCGCUCAGCAGCCCCAGCGAGCGGAUCCUGCGGGACUGCCACAGCCUUUAUGUGGACCAGGACAAGGGUCUUGUGAAGAUAGCCUCCAGUCUGGGGCUGAGGUUGCUGCCUCCUCGGAAGAAGAUCAUAGUGAUGAUAAUGGGGAAUCACUCUGCUGGGAAAAGCUCCUUUAUUAACUGGUACGUGGAGGAGCACAUUCAGAAGACAGGUGUUGCCAUAGAAACGCAAGGGUUCACGUUUAUAACCAGCGGCAGGAAAAGAGAAUCUCUGACCGGGAAUGCCACGCUCCACCUGUACCCACACUUCCGGCCGCUCCUGGAGUUUAAAGGUGUCACGGACUACCUGUGUGCCGAGAUCUCCACCUCCAAGCAGAAGAAAUUCAGCCUGGUGACGUUCGUGGACACCCCUGGGCUGGUGGACGGAGACAUGGUCUAUCCCUUCGAUGUCAACAGCGCCAUUACGUCGUUUGGCGAGCAGGCGGAUCUGAUCUUCGUGUUCUUCGACCCGAUGGGACAGGCGCUGUGUAAGCGAACGCUCAACAUCGUGGAGAAGCUGAGCGAGAAAUGUGGAGAUAAAUUGCGUUUCUACCUCAGUAAAGCUGACGAGGCGGGACGGGAGACAGACAGACAGAGAGUGAUGAUGCAGAUAGUGCAGGAGCUGUGCCGCAGACCCGGACUCAACAAAUGCGGCUUUGAAAUGCCCACCAUAUACAUCCCCAACCCACAGAAACAAAGCAGGUGUGUGAACCAGAUCGACGAGGUGUGUGAGACAAUAGAGAAGACCAUUAACCAAGCUGUGCAGAAGACCCUCGACCAGCUGGAGAAAGACUGUGACCUCAUCACCUCCACUAUCAGCAAUAAGCUCGCCCAGGACAGGGCUAACGUGAGCUAUAAUAAGAGCAGCUAUAUUAACUCUUUCCUGUGUGGCUUCUUGGCGUUCUUCCUCCCCACGCUCUUCAUCACCAGCUUUAUUGUCACCACCUUCAUCUCAGAGGACCUGGACUCUCUGGUGGGGGAGGGGCUCGCCCGAGUCCUCACUGUGUCUACGGGAAUAGUGAUGUAUCUGUGGGAGUGGGUCCCUGAAGACGGACAGUUAGUUUCUAUCAUCAUCUUUGGAGCCAUGUGCUACUUUUUCUUAGUUCUCGCCAGGUAUUUUGCACGCCAAGGCUGUAAAACUCUCACGAAGAAAGAGAAGAAGAGUCUGACUGAGUGCAGUGAUUACGUUCAGGAAAUCAUCAAAGCCAAAAAGAGAAAACUGUAUGAAGAAUAUCUCCAGCAGUGUGCGGCAGAAUACGACUUCUAAACCAAGCACAAACCAACGCAGAAGAACCAGCAUCUUCUGAUCAGCGGGCAUUUUAUACAGGAUGAUGAAUAAGCACGUCUUCAAUGCAGAUGGUAUGAGCGUUCACAGUUCAUGCCUUAUCAGUGUGUGAUGUGAGCGCAGUUGUAUUUCUUAUGUUUCUCAGUAAUAAUAAUAAUAAUAAUUCGCAGUGCCUUUUUUAUCUUUAAUGUGAAUGAACGAACGUACGCAUGGAAAAUAAUGUGACACAAACAUGACACCUCACACCUCACUCUUAUAAACUUUAAAACCAGCCUGUGUGUAUAUAUACAGCUCAGGAAAAAAAUAAGAGUGUUACGUUUUUGAAUCAGUUUCUCUAUAUAAAUAGAUUUUGCUAUUUAUAGGUAUAUGUUUGAGUAAAAUGAACAUUGUUGUUUUAUUAUAUAAACUACAGACAACAUUUCUCCCAAAUUCCAAAUAAAAAUAUAGUUAUUUAGAGUAUUUAUUUACAGAAAAUGAAAAAUGGCUGAAAUAACAAAAAAUAUGCAGAGCUUUCAGACCUCAAUUAAUGCAAAGAAAACAAGUUCAUAUUCAUAAAGUUUUAAGAAUUCAGAAAUCAAUAUUUGGUGGAAUAACCCUGGUUGGUUUUUAAUUACAGUCUUCAUGCAUCUUGGCAUUAUUUCCUCCUCCACCAGUCUUACACACUGCUUUUGGAUAACUUUAUUAUUGUUUAUCCUAGUUAUUGAUGUAAUUAUUGUUGUUAUAAAAUGCUUCCUUUUUAAAUAUAUCCACUUACAGCUGAUAUAAGGUGGAAAUUAUGAGAUUUCGAGGUGGAAAUUAUGAAAUUUCAGCAGUUGACUUGUUGCAGUGGACUAUUAUUGUACCACACUAGAGUUCAGUCAGCUCUUUAACUUCAUUAAUUCUUUCUCUUAUGUCUGUAAAGACAGACUGCCUGGCUAGGGGCUCGAUUUUAUACGCCUGUGGCUAGAAUGAGACUGAAAACAUCUGAAGUAAUUGAUUUAAAUCUGUGUCCCAAUACUUGUCUCCAUAUAGUGUUUAUCUAUAUGUAAUAUACAACUCUGGAAUAGAAAAAUAAGAGGCCACUUAAAAAUGGUGAUUUUUUUAAUUUUAUUUUGCCAAUUUAAAAACCUCUGGAAUAUAAUCAAGAUGAAGAUGGAUGAUCACAAGCCAUCAAACCAAACUGAACUGCUUGAACUUUUGCACCAGGAGUAAAGGCAUAAAGGUAUCCAAAAGCAGUGUGUAAGACUGGUGGAGGAGAACAUGAGGCCAAGAUGCAUGAAAAAAACUGAUUAAAAACCAGGGUUAUUUAUUUAUUUAUUUUCUGCAAAUAAAUGCUCUAAAUGACAAUAUUUUUAUUAGGAAUUUGGGAGAAAUGUUGUCUGUAGUUUAUAGAAUAAAACAACAAUGUUUAUUUUAGUCAAACAUAAAGCUAUAAAUAGCAAAAUCAGAGAAACUAAUUCAGAAACUGAAGUGGUCUCUUAAUUUUUUCCAGAGCUGUAUAUAUAAUCUAUAAUAAUUUACUUAGUAUUGACAGUAUUGUUUACAUGUCAAUAUGCUGCACUGACUCUAAGACUUUUUUAAAGCUACAUUAUGUGGUUUUUAUGCAUCGUACAAAACACGUCCAAAAGUUUGUAGACUCCCGCUAAUCGAAUCUUGUAUUUCUUCAGAAGAUUUCGGUAUUAAAAGGUCAUUUAGUGCGUUUUUCCUGUAGCAGCAGCAUGUAAUCUAAUAAGUUGAAACACUGCUGUUUUUUCUGAGAGAGCACAGUUCCUCUGCUCCACAGCCCAGCGCAGGGGGCUUUAUACCCCUCAGGCGAUGUGUGCAACUGAACAUCUGUGUAAGCAGUACAUUCUCACUGUCCAAUGAAAAACAAGUAUCUCAAAAGUGGUGGCUUUACAGGAGAAGGUUCUUUAAAUUUGAAUGGAAGUUUUAAAUAAGAGUAUUAAAUACGUAAUUUCAGAGCAUGUCUAUUAGAGGUGGACGAUAUGAUCGAAAAAUAAUAUCACGAUAUUUAAUGGUAUUUUUGCAAUAACGAUACUCUUGAAUUAAAAGCAAACAAAAUGCAACAAAAUGAAAUUAAAUUGUAUUAUUGCAUACGAUAUGAUAUAACACACCCCUAACUGAGAUAUUAACAAAUACAAGAAUUUUAUCAGAUUUGUAACAGAAGUCAAUGAUCCAGAAUGGCAUGAUACUAAUAAUGCACUCCAAAUAUCUCCUUAUAUCCAGGAUUAAAGUAAAAUAAAUGAUACUGGACAGAUAUAAUCUGUCUCUAGUACAUAUAUAAUGGGAAAUUAAAAAGUGUGAAUUUUUCUUUUGCUAAAAACGGCUAAAAAGUAGUACCCUGAUGUGAUAAUUAGAAGUGGGUGAACUGGUAUGAUAUUUUAAGUUAUAAUGUAAUUCAUCAUAUUCAAAAAUGUUGGCGGUAUUAUUGCAUACGGCACGAUAUGGCACACCCCUAACUGAGAUUUUUAAAAUGUGCAAGAAUUUUAUCAGAUAUGAUAUGACAUGAUACAAAUAGUACUAAUAAUGCACUCCAAAUAUCUCCAUAUAUCCAGGAUUAAAGUAAAAUAAAUGAUACUGGACAGAUAUAAUCUGUCUCUAGUAGAUAUAUAAUAGGAAAUGAGAACAGUGUGAAUUUUUCUUUUGCUAAAAACAGUAAAAAUAAAUAAAUAAAUAAAUAAAUAAAGUAGCACCCUGUGAUAAUUAGGGGUGGGUGAUAUGACAGGGUAUUAUAUCGUUCACAAAAUUGAAAAAUGUUGGUGAUAUUAUUACAUAUGAUACGAUAUGGCACAUCCUUAAGGUCUAUUGAUCUAUUCAGAAUUAUUUAUACAGUGUUUAAAACAGCUACAGGUUUCAAAUAAAGGAGAAAUCUAGACAAAUAAUGGACAUAUUGUCUGGUAUUGAAAUACACAUCAAUCAGUUUUCAUUGGACAGCAGUGAAAUGCAUGCAGAAGUAACACAAUUCAAAAAUAAAAAAAUAUUAUAUUAAUUGUUGUCUAUGUACAUUUAAAUAUGUGGUGUAGGGUUUCUUACAAAGCGUUUCUUUAAUCCAGACAUUAGAAGAUGCAGAAAUCACAGAAUGUAGCUUCAGAUCAUAUAAAAAAACUGCCUUUUUUUGUAUUUUUUUUGUAUAGAAUUUUAUUAGUUGUGAUUUUCUGUGUAUUCACUGUUGUGUGUUUUACUGUUUGCUGUGAAUUUUUGUGAUAACGGCUCACUGAUCUAGCCAUUUCUUUUCAAAUUAAAGUAAAUUAUGCAACUAUCUAUACCAAGACAAUUACUAGUGCAUUGCAAAAAAUUGAAUAUCAUUGAAGAGUUCAUUUAUUUCAGUAACUCGUAUAUUAUAUAGAUGUAUUAAACACAGAGUGAUCUAUUUUAAAGUGUUUAUUUUAUUGUUGAUAAGGAUUUUGGCUUACAGCCCAUGAAACCCCAAAAAUCAGCAUCUCAGAAAAUUAGAAUAUUAUAUAAGACCAAUUGGUGAUACUUUUGUCAGUGUGGGCAGUAUGCCAAAUCCUGCUGGAAAAUGAAAUCCGCAUCUCCAUAAAAGUUAAAGUCAGCAGAGGGAAGCAUGAAGUGCUGUAAGAUUUUGUGGGAAAACAAAACUGCACUGACUUUAGACUUGAUAAUAAAACACAGUGGAUCAACACCAGCAGAUAUCAGACAUGUCUCUCCAAACAAACCAUCACUGAUUGGUGGAAACUUCACACUAGUCCUCAAGCAGUUUGGACUGUGCGUCUCUCCACUCUUCCUCCAGACUCUGCUCCCUUGAUUUACAAAUGAAAUGUAAAAUUUAGUCAUUUUGGUCUUUGGACAGUGAUGGAUCUUUUCAGGGAUAUUCUUUUUUUUUUUUUAGAUGCACUAGUAUGGCCAUUGAAAAUCUGCAUGUUACUUAGAUAGAGUGAACUUUUAUUUUAUUUAUUUUUUGUAUAGUUGUAGUAAUCAAUAAUUUUACAACAAAUAUUUGGACAUUUGUUGUAAAAUUAUUAUUGUUAAAUUUGUUUUGUUGACUAAAAAAAUAGAUUCACACAAGGAGUUAUAGUUAUAGUACUUCUACAAAAAACUCUCCUAAUUCUUGUAACAAUACUGACAUGCCAAAAGUCUUGGGACAGGAACUGGUAUUGUAACACCUUGUAACACCAAGUUUCCGAGAUGUCUCUUGAGGUGAUACUUUACGAAGAGUCUAUAUGCUGCUAUUCCAUGACUUUUGGCAUGUUAGUGUCAAAAGUUUGUUUGAAUAUUUUAAAAGCAGCAUAAAUGAGCAGUGUUCAUUAGGACUGUUUUCAGAGUUAAUGCCAUGAUUGUACAGCUCCUAGUGUGAAAUGUGAUUCUCUGGGGUCUAGAAGUCUGAGAGCAAACAGAUAGUCAGAAAUUAUUUUGUUUAAAGCUGUAAAUGAACAAUGGUAGUGUUUUACCAUUGAAAUGUAUAUAAAUGGGCUCUGGGUAGUGCAGCAGGCUAAGCAUUGCCACUAAGGUUGGGAGAUUGUUGGUUUGAAUCCCGUUCAUGCAGCUUUCCAUCAGCUGCCGGAGCCCUGAGAGAGCACAAUUAAUUGUCCUUGCUCUCACUGGUUGGGUACAUUAGAUGGUGCUCUUUCCCCUCAUCACUCCUAGGGUGAUGUCGAUCAGCACAAGGCGUCUGUGAGCUGAUGUAUAGCAACCGGGUCGCUGCACUUUCCUCCAAGCGUGCUGUAAUGCUACUUGACAAAAUAUAUAUAUAUGUUUUUCUCAAUUUGUCUCUCAAUUUGCUUUGUAUUGAAUUAAAAACGAAUGCGAUCUGCUCUCAAGACUUUUUGGACCUUAUUAUAUAUUAAAAAACAGCACUUCUGUCCCUUCUCCAUAUGUAGCACUUAUUAGUUUUAUUGAUAAUCGAUUACUGGGAUGUUUGCUGCAAAAACGCUGAUGUAUUUUUCAUCAAACUAUAAUGAAUAUGGAUGUAGAACAGUAUGAUCAUUCUGAACAGAUCUGUGUUGUUUAGAUUGAGUCAGUUUAGCUUAAUCAUCCAAUCUACAUUAUGUAGUUUUAUUAUAAAAUGUUCACAGAUGUUCUAAAAGGUGCUAGAGCUUAUUUUAGAAUAGUGGAAUCCCUGUGUGUGAGCCUGAGGGUUAUAUAUGAUGUAUGUUAAUUUUUUAAUCUAUCUGUCAGUGUUUUCCAGUCUUUACUUUAAUUUAUUUAUGUGUUUUUUAUCCUGUAGCUCACCUGGGGUCAGAUUCUCAAAAGCUAACACGUAUUUGCCAUUAAUGUUAAAGUUAAUACUGUGCAAAAUGGAAGUAAAUUAUGUAGUAAAAAAAUAUAUAUAAAUUGGAUCUUAAAGUGGUGGUAAAGUAAGAUUUUUAAAGAAUAUUUUUUCUUAACUUGACUUUUCUUAAAAAAAUCAAGAAUUUAAAAAUAAUUUUAUAAAGAUGCUUUUGUAAAUCUGACCCCUCCUAAUACAGCUCAUCAGCCCUUUAUAAAGCUUAAGAUAUGAUAUGUCAAAGCAGGUAAAGCACAAAAAUGGGCACUCGGGAGCAUAACUAGAAACCCCUGACUAAUCUAUAGUAAUCUUUGUAAUUUGUUCCUGUAUCUCCAUUUUUGCCAUAUAUGUCCAUAUAGUACAAAGUCAAAAAUGUGUAUUAAUUUAACAAAAAAUGUCCCAGUCAAAAUUCUUUUUUUUAAUAUUGACAUUAAAGUUAAGCCUUUUUUACUUCUAUAAAGUUACAGUUUUGGAGAUACAAGGUUUUAGGCUACAGCAACAAUAAAAGCAGAAGUACAGAAGUCUUCCUUUAUCACUGUAACGAGCAUCAUUUAGGGCUGUUUGCAAUACAAAGUAUAUUUUGAUAAUCUGUUAUGACUUUACUUCAUAUUCUGUGAAUUCUCUUCAUUUUCAGAUCUUCACUUUUUAUCGCCAUGCUGUCUGUAAUUUAUUAUAUUUCUUCUAUUAUAUCUGAGAUUUCUAUCUUUAUUCUCCAGAUUUUGUAGCAGUUUUAUACUUGAUUAUUUAAGAACCGCAAUCUCACACGGUUGGUCAGAUGUCUUCCGUGCCAGACUGAUGAAACUGUGCUCCAUCCCUGUGACUCCUUUGUAUUGUUACUUCUGUUCAUAAUAAAGAAUAAUAAUAGAAUUAUAAUAAA